GAAGAGGCUACGAGCCGAAGAGGCCCGGCAAAUUGCCAUAGAAGAGGGUGACUACCAAUGGCUUUGCAUCUUCUGCAUCAUCCAGACAAUGGAAAGUCAUUCUCGUUACUAUUUCGUCACUGUGCUCGCCUUUAGUAUCUGUAGUAGUAGUAGUUGUAGUACAAUAGUUGUGAUUUGUUAGCCGACCUACAUAUCGGCCCAUCGUCGUGUUGGGCUAAUCGCGCUCUUUGCCAUUAGCGUUGCGAAGAAAGUAAAUUUCGCGUUAUCAGUUAGAGUUGCGAAAAAGUAUCGACUUCGGUUUGGAUUAGCGUUACGAUGAUCUCGUUUGCUUUAGCGUUGCGAAUUAUAAGAUGUCACGAUUCUUCUUAGUAUUUUCUAUCGUGAAUAAUUAUUAGAAUUUGUCGAAGAGUAGAGUUUGUUAAUAAUUAUAAAUAAUUAUUAAAAUGACGUUAAUUUUAAAUCAAUUUCGUAGCGUUGCGAUUCGUGGCUAUCGCGCAUAGUUGAAAUAGCUUUUUUUUCAUUUAUAUGUAGUAACUUUAAAUUAAACUCGUUUCAAGACUCGGCGUUGCGAUAUAUUUCAUCGAGAUUGUUUUUUAUCAUUUUUCCGAUUAACGCCCAAAUUUCUUCCACUGGGAUUGUGGAAAUUUCUUAUACUUGUCUAUAUUGGAUAGAAAAGUAAAUAGGUUCUUGCCUAUGCUAGUGUGUAACCAAACAGGGCAAGUUCCUACUUUUAUAGGUUCUUGUAUAUGCUAACUUUAGUUCACUUGAGCACUUGGCCGCAUGGUGCGGCACCUGUACUGUGAACAACUAGAACUACGGGCGCGAGCACUCUCGUUUCUUGUUUGAUAUUAUAUAUUCGUCAAUAGUUUUAUUUAACCUUGGUUGUCGGUCUAGUGGUUCGUUCUCUUAGUGUAUGUUUAUAACCUAAGUUUCACAUUCUGUAUCUGUCAAUGUAAUAUUUGUUGUUAAAUUUAUAUGAGCAACUAUUUAUCUCCUUGCAUACAUCAUUUUUAAAAAAUGUCUAAUUGCACAAUUAUUGCCAACUUUAUAUCUUGGAAUCUAUUAGCUGAAAAUAUAGAAAAUCAUUUACCUAUUGAAAUGAAGAUACACUUGUCAUCGGUAGAAAGCAAUUUAAAAACAUCCAUUGAAGAUAAAAUGAUUCCAUCGAUAAAAUGGAUAAAAAAUUCGUUAAUAGUAGUUGAAGCUUGUAUGGAUAAAACGUGGGAAGUACUAAAUUCUGGUCACUGGCAAUUUGUUCCAAUUGAAUAUCGAUACUGUUACACAUUAUGUACUAUCUUAAAGGCAGUUCUACUGGAGCUUCAGCACAAUAAUGAUACUAAACAAUUUACAAAGAAUACAAUUUUGUUGAGGAACAUUAUUCAGCAGAUUGAUAAAGGUAUUCUAUUAGGAGCACCGCUUCCAAAUGUAAUUGAUUUAUUACCAAAAGUUGCUUCAAUGUUGAAUAGUUGUAUCACAGAGUCAUUGGGAGAGUUAGAUGUAGAAGAAUUAAUUAUUGAUUCUGAAAGUUUAUAUAAUUUUGUAUUGCCGGGAUUUACUGAAAUUGUUCAGUAUGUUGAACCUUCGAUGGAAUUAUUUUACACAAAAAUAUUUAUGCCAAAAGUACCAGCAAUAAUGAAAGGAUGUAUCAAACAUUGGAAAGCUCUAGAACAGUGGAAAGAUCUAAAGUAUUUAAUUAGCGUAGCUGGAAGUAGAACGGUUCCUAUUGAAAUUGGUUCACGUUAUACCGAUGAAAAUUGGUCACAGCAGCUUCUUAGUUUUUCAGAAUUUCUACAAAAAUAUGUAUUAACGAAAGGUGACCAAGUUGGUUACUUAGCUCAACAUCAAUUAUUUGAACAGAUUCCUGAAUUGAAAGAUGAUUUUACAAUUCCUGAAUAUUGUAACUUUACAGACAAUGAUGAUGUGGAACAACCAGAUAUAAAUGCUUGGUUUGGACCUAGCGGAACUGUUUCACCUCUACAUUUCGAUCCUAAAAAUAAUCUUUUGUGCCAAAUAUUUGGACACAAACGGGUCAUUUUAUAUCACCCAAAUGAUUCAUCUAAUUUGUAUCCAUAUGAUACAAGAUUAUUGAAUAACACUGCACAAGUUGAUCCUUUGAAUCCAAAUUAUGAGAAAUGGCCUAAUUUUAGCAAAGCUAAAGGUUUGAUGACCUAUUUGAGACCUGGAGAAAUACUUUACAUUCCUCCAAAAUGGUGGCAUCAUGUAACUUCUUUGACUCCAAGCUUUUCGAUUAGUUUCUGGUGGAGUUAAGUACGAAAGAAUAUAUUUAUAAAUUAUUAACGUGCUUGUAAUGCUCCCCAUGUACAAUGAUUUACUAUAGUAUUUGAAAGUUUUAAUAAAUACAGUAUAUAUGUAUGUUAAAUUAAAGUUUUCUAAAUAAUAGAAGAUAGAAAAUAAAUGAGAUAAGUAGAUAAAAGAAAAUAUAUAUUUUCAAUACAUAUAUAUUUAUUUAUGAUCAUAAGAAUAAUUCAUACGGUAGAUAAAAACUAAUUAAGAAAGGCAAAGAGAGAAAUGGGAAUAAAAGGAAUAUUGUCUAAUACACGCGUAAAUAUGAGAAAUUAUGGGAGCAUAGUGAAAGAAGAAAUACAUGAAAUUAUUCCCCCAAUCUUACACAAAUUUUCAAUUAAUAUUUGAUAAAAUUGAUUGAAUAAUAAGAAGAAAGAGAUGGAGCGAAUAAAAAUGACUAAGAUAAUAAGCAAGUAAUAAACAAGAAAUCAAUACAAAGAAGAUGAAAAGAAAAGAAAUGUUUGUCAAUUUAAAAAAGAUGAAUUAUAUUGGUAUUCUGCAUAUUUGUUAUCGCUUGAUUGGUUGUCAGUACGUAAAAUAAGGGUAAAGUCCUGGAUCUACUACGGAUAUAAAGUGUUAGAUGGUGUAAAUUUACUUUACAUGUAUUACAGGGCAAAUAAUUAUUUUAAUUUUAUAUUAGAUCGCUCACAUGACGAAGGGAAGGACAGAAAAUUUGAGAAUAAAGAUGAAAACAAUACACACACGGAUAUUCAAAUUUUAAUACAAAAAUAUAAAUGAAGAAAAACAAAAAUCGUACAUCAAAAAAAUGGAUUAACAAUAUUUUGUAUAAUUUUCUUCUAACGAAAUGUAUUAAAAAUUGAUAAUCCUUAUAUCUUUUUACUACUUUGUCAUAAAUAACUUCUAAUCCAUGAAUUAUUACUGUAUAAAAAUUUUAAGUUUAUUACGUUUCAUACAUACUUAUAUAACUAUGUAUAAAAUAAAAAGAUAUUUAAUUUUUUAUAAUUAUUUUGUUAUUUGCUAUUAAUAUAAAUAAUGUACUUAUCAUUAUGAUCUCAAUUUCAAUAAUAUUACAUUUUUUCUUAUUCUUUCUAAUGGUGGUAAUAGAAUAACAUCGAAUUGUUGAAUGUAAAUUAAGCUGUUUAAAGGCUUAUUCUAAAAAAAUAAUCAGAGAUGAUUUUGAUAUAAGGAAUGCAUGCAUGCCUAUCCUUCGAUCUGAUUUAGUAGCGAUAACGAUACGAAACAAGCAUCUUAGGUCUAUUACAAUUGAUAAAAUAAGUCAAUUAUGCAUGAUUUUCUUAACGUCAGCGAAAAAAGAAAUGGAGCUUUUUAAUUCAGCUAUUUUUUAUUUUGGACGCCAGAAAAUAAUAUUAUUACGUUAAAGCAACGAUUAGCAAAACAGAAUAGUGCUAAGUAUGUUUGAUUGGUUUAAAUAAAAUAUGUAUAUGCAAAUCAUUGAAGCAGAUGCACCACAAAGGCGUUCAUGAGAAUAAAACGGAAUGCUAUAAAUACCCUCUGACCUACGUUUUCAGUAUAGAGUGUAGAAAAUAUACGUAUACGUAAAGUCUGUCAAACGAAAUACACAGUUUAUUAUUUGGGAAUGACGACAGAGGAGGCAUUUCCACCGAUCAUUAAGUUCCAGUGCACAUCGAGCUAAAUAUAUUUCCGGGUUUUCGAAACAAAUAUUACAGUAAUAACAUCCCAUGAAUAAUAAUUGCAGCAUACUAUUUCUUGAUAGAAUUUUGAUUCUCAUACCCGUAUCAAAAAGAUAUCGACUGCCUUGUUAUUCUCAUUACAUCCAUAUUUACGUUGUAAUAUUGGCGAAAAUCCAGUGUUUAAGAAGGUGAAAGAUAUUUUUAGAAAAUUCAUAUAAUUAUCGUAUUGUUGGUUCACGAAACGAAAUGUGUUAGUUAUGACGAAGUAGGAAGUCGAAGCAGUUUAGAUUUACAUACCUAAAUGCUAUAAGCUUUACAUCAUUUUUCAACAUAAAGUAUAUAUAAGAGUACAAUUUUUUAUAGUCAUAUCACAAACUUUAAUUUGAAAACAGAGACGUUAUUAAUAUUUAAAGACAUGUAAGUGACGUUAAAGUAUUUCGAUUUUAUUAAACGUAUUCCUUUUGUCGAAAUAAAUAGGUUCUCAACAUCUUUUUUCUGACUUAAUCAACAACAAAGACAGUGUAAAACAUGUACAAAGUAAAACAUGAUUUCUCAUAUUCUAACAGUCGCAGUAUUCGUGAUUUCAAAGCUUCUUUUUUUUACUUAUGAUACAUAUUCUUUUGUUUUCUAAGAUAUAAUAAUAUUAUUUUAUAAAAUGUAAUAAUACUAAUAAACGAUUACUUAUUUACUAUA